AUGAUAAAAGUGGUCUAAUCUGCAAGACUUCCUUCAUCUCCAGUUCUCCAUAGAAAGAAGCCUACCGAACUUUAAAACCCCUUGGAGAAUCUGGUUAGAGUGUAAUCACCUUGCGGAAGUACAACAAAUAAUGCAUUUGGAAGAUUUCCUACAGUGAAGACCUUGAAUAGUGAUAGAGAUCCAAUUGAGCUUACUAUAACGUUGAUGUUGGAGAGUUAGAAAUUGAUUGUACCAAUUGGAAUACAUCAAAGCACCACAGACCUUUAUAAGAAAUUAAUAGGGAAAGUUAAUUAAGUAAAUCCCUCAAUUGUGCAUUAAAUUAAACACUUUCAAACACAUAGUAGCGUUAAGAAUUAUAAUAUUGAUUACUAUUUAUCUAUUGAACAUCAACCAUUAGAAGUAUUUAUUGAAUAGAGACAUUUGAAAUUGGAACCUUUUAUUUCAAGAAGUGUUAAUCGCUAAUUGAGUAUUAAUGAUUUCGAGAUUCUAAAAUGCAUAGGAGUUGGAGGUUUUUCAAGAGUAUAUUUAGUUAGAAAGAAAGAUAGCGGAUAUUUUUAUGCUAUGAAACUGAUAGAUAAGAAUUUCAUUCUGAAAUCAAAUAAAGAGAUAAUUAUUAACAAUGAGAGAUAGGUGAUGGAAUAAUUGAAUUCCCCAUAUUUGGCAAAAUUAUUCUACUCUUUUGAAACCAAAUAUUAUUUAGUUUUUGUCAUGGAACACUGCGCAGGAGGUGAAUUAUUUUAUCAUUUGAGAAAACUAAGAAGACUAAAUGAGGAAUAAGCAAAAAAAUAUUUUGUAUAGGUUUGUUUAGCAAUAGAAGAAUUACAUAAAUAUGGAGUGGUUUAUAGAGACAUUAAACCCGAAAAUAUCCUCUUAGAUUUAGAUGGAUAUAUUCGUUUAUCUGAUUUCGGAUUAUCUAAACCAAAUAUGGACAGAGAAGAGACAGCAUACUCUUUUUGUGGUUCUCCAGAAUACAUGUCCCCUGAGAUGCUAAUGAGAAAUGGCCAUAGCUUUAUGGUAGACAUUUACUGUUUAGGAGCUUUGCUAUAUGAAUUUAUUUAUGGAUCUCCUCCUUUUUACAGCAGGAACAUUGAAUAAAUUUAUAAUAGCAUAUUAAAUGAUAAAAUAUCAUUUCCUCCUUUUGUUAAAAUUGAUUCAAAUCUUAAAGAUUUGAUUUCAAAGUUAUUAAUAAAAGAUCCAUAGAUGCGCCUAGGGUCUAAAAAUGGCAUCAAGGAAAUCCUACAACAUAAGUGGUUCAAAGGAUUUGAUAUUGAAGCCUUGGUUAAAAGAAAACUAAAUAUUAGUUAUCGUCCAAAGCCAUUAAGUUAUAAUUUUGAUGAAGUUGAAUUCGGUAAGGGUGACAUUGAAUUCUAAAAAAGAUUAUAUGAAAAUUUGAAGAAGGAAAAAGAUUCUAAAUAUUCUCAUUAUUUUCCAAAUUUUGAAUACAUAAAUCAGAAAAUGCAAGAUACUAGACAAGCGAUAUUAAACCUUAUGUUGUCAUAGAAGCAAGUAUAAGGUUAGUAGGGAUUGGCAAAACCAUAACAAAACACUUAAGUUUCCUUAUCUCCAGUUUAAAUGGUCAAAGGAUUAUCAAAUAUUAAAGCAUUGACUUUAAGUUCUUUUAAGUAGUUAUCAUAAUAAAAACGAUUUAAUACUGAAGUUGAUAUGAGUAAGCUAAUUAAGAAAAUGUGA